CAGCCAUAUGAAGUGUGUGCAGGAGUGUACUUCAUGAUGUAAACAUUGCCUGAUGUGUAUGGCAUGAUUCUGAAUCACACCACCACAAUAAAAUCUUUAUAUCGUUUUAUUGAUUCUUAUAUGUGUGUAUAACUUCUCCUCAGUCCUUAAUAUUACGAUGUGUUAUGGAUGCCCUAAUUCUAAACAUUCCGCCAAAAUACUUCAAAGAUAAGACAUGUUUUGUUGUUUUACUUUUGCUUGGUAUUGUCUGCCAGUUGUUGAUUUCAUACCGUAAAUCUUUGAUGACUAUUGAUUUUAUUGAGUAGCUGAUAAUACUGUGUAAUUAGAGAGUGAAUAUAGGUACAGGAUGUUUUAAGGAAAGUGAGUGAAAUAGAUCCUUUUAUAAAUUUACCUUACAUUGGUCACCAUCGUUGUUGUGAAUGGUUAUAUUAAAUGGAUCCUUGAUAAUAAGUAGAGCAUGAAGCAAAAACUACAGGUAAAGAUUUUCCAGUCCAGCUCAGGAAACAUGUGCUCAGCUUGAACUCAGUGAGGAUACACGUUUAUCAGUGAAAAUCAACAUAUUGAAAACUUCUCCUUUAUAUUAAUUGGUAGUAACUUUGAAAAUAUUUUAAUACCAUGGGAAACAGUCAGUCGUAUAGUGUUGUCGUGGAUUGGAGUAAUCAGAGUGAGCUAGUAGAUGUAAGUUUUACCUUAUUUUUCAUCAUUCUAUUGUUUUUGUUUUGUUUUUUACUUUUCUAGUAAUGUUUCCCACUGACUACUUGAUUUGCCAGUUUGAUUAUGCAUUGUCACAGUUGAGAGCUGUUCAUAUUCUGUAUACAGUCAAGUUAGAGUUAAGUAGAAGAAAAAACUAUACUUGGAUUGAUAAAAGGCUUUUUAAAGGGAAAUACAGGUCAACUUAAAAUUUAAAUUAGUCAGCCUUAAAUGUAUUGAUUUUAAAUUUUCCCUUAUGAAAUAGAUUUUGAAUGAAAUGUAUAAUUUUGAUAAAGUCAAUUGUUUAUGACUAGUAUUCAUCAAAGCAAUUCAAUACAUUCACUCUGGAGUUCAAAACAGUUGAUUAUAUUUCUGUAACAUCACAAUUCAUGUGAUAUGAUUACUAUGCAUACGUACAUAAUCUAAGUGUCUAUACUUUAAAGAACAGUGAUAAUACUGCCAGAGGUGUUGCAUGUAGCAUAUUGCAAAACCCAAAUAUUUAUGAUAGAUAAUAACAGCCAGAAUUAUGAAAAGGAUGCCAUAAAUUAGGAUAAUACUGAAACAAAUAUGCUGAUAUCUUUAUUGUACAGAAAGCAAUGAUAUACAUAAAGAUAGGUUUUUAUUAGACUAUAGGAUUGAAAACUUUUUCAACAGCUAAUGUAGAAAGAGCAUGUAGAUAUAUUAAUGAUAAUGGAUUUCUGUUUUAUAUCCUUUAGCACCGACUUUUGCUGCCUCUUGUUGAUGUAUCAGACAUAUUAUAUAUUGCAUUAGGGAUAAUGCAUAUGUUAACAUAUCAACUGAGUACUGAUGUCUACAUAUGAAACAUGAAAUACCACCAAUGACAGUAAAAUUGAAAGAUCACGGAUGUCAAAGAUCUGUAAAAAUGGAAAAUAUAUCUGUGAAUUUGAAGAUGGAGAAGUUCAGACAUUGCACGAUGCCUUCAAACAUGGAGCUAGAGUGUCAAGCAAUGGAAAAGUGUAUGGAUGGAAAGCAAGUCCCACAGAGCCCUAUCAGUGGAUCUCCUAUAAUGAUGUCCUUGUUAGAGCUGCUAAUAUUGGUGCUGGUUUGAUAGCAAAAGGACUUCAACCUGAAAAUACAACAAAUGUUGGCAUUUAUUCCCAAAAUAGAGUUGAGUAUGGGAUUACAGAACAAGCUUGUUUCAUGUAUUCCAUGGUCCUUGUGCCUUUGUAUGACACAUUGGGUCCAGAGGCAUGCACACACAUCAUCAACCAAGCUGAGAUUAAGACCGUGAUCUGUGAUAAGAAUGUGAAGGUGAAUGCAAUACUAGACAAAAUCAACGAGACCCCUAAUCUUAAGAUCGUGAUUCUGGUGGAAGAGCCAACCUCGGAGAUCAAGAAGAGGGCUGCAAGUCACAGCAUAGAUCUCCUCACCUACUCAGAAUUGGAGGCAUUAGGUGAACAGAAACCACAGGAGCCAAAACCUGCCAAGCCUGAUGAUUUAUGUGUACUAUGCUACACCAGUGGUACAACAGGUUUACCCAAAGGUGCCAUGUUAACACACAGAGGUACCUUGGCAACAGUUGUGGCAGCAGCAACAGUGCUGAAACCCGGUGGAGUAGACAUCUCUCCUGAAGAUACACUGAUCUCUUAUCUGCCUUUGGCUCAUUCCUAUGAAAGGUUACUAGAGAGCUACUGUGUCUUAAGUGGAGCCAGAAUAGGAUUCUUUCAAGGCGAUGUAAAAUUACUAAUGGAUGAUAUUAAGGAGCUGCAACCUACACUCUUCCCAUCAGUACCUAGACUACUAAACAGAGUCUAUGAUAAGGUCAUGAAUCAGAUAAAUGAAGGAUCCUCUAUAAAGAGAAAGUUAUUCAAUAUGGCCAUUGCCAGCAAGGAAAAUGAGCUAAAAAGAAAUAUUAUACGUAAAGAUAGUAUAUGGGACAAGGUGGUAUUCAAGAAGAUUCAGGCCAGUUUAGGAGGAAAAGUGAAGCUUAUAACAACAGGAUCUGCUCCCCUGUCCCCAAAAGUCCUUCACUUUCUGAGAUGUUGUGUGGGAUGUCCAAUAAUAGAGGGAUACGGACAGACAGAAUCCCAUGCUAUCUGUACUGUGACUCUGGUAGGAGAUCCUGACACAGGAAAUGUGGGUCCACCCUUGCCAUGCUGUGAAAUUAAAUUGGCUGAUGUGGAGGAUAUGAAUUACUAUGCAAAGGACAACAAAGGAGAGGUUUGCAUAAAAGGCCCCAAUGUGUUUCUGGGUUACUACAGAGAUCCAGCCAAGACUGAAGAAGCUCUAGAUAAGGAUGGUUGGCUUCACACUGGUGACAUUGGCCAAUGGCUUGAAAAUGGUACUCUGAAAAUUAUUGACAGAAAGAAGAAUAUAUUCAAAUUAGCACAGGGUGAAUACAUUGCCCCAGAAAAGAUAGAAAAUGUUUAUGUAAGAAGUCAACUUGUGGCACAAGUAUUUAUUCAUGGAGAGAGCUUAAAGUCAUGUUUAGUUGGUGUGGUUGUUCCUGAUCCUGAAGUGUUACCAAACUGGGCCAAAACCAAACUAAAUGUGUCCCAGUCAAUGGAGGAGUUGUGCUCUAAUCCAGAUGUGAAGAAGGAAAUUUUGGCUGACAUGACCAAAAUAGGAAAAACUGGAGGGCUUCAUUCCUUUGAACAAGUCAAGGAUAUUUUCCUGUAUCCAGAACUAUUUUCUGUGGAAAAUGGACUUUUGACACCAACAUUUAAAACUAAAAGGCAUGAACUCAAAGUUAAAUUUCAAUCACAAAUUGCUGAAAUGUACACAAAUUUGGUAUAAAGUUUCUUUAGGUACAUAUAGUAAACAAGUGUGUUGAAAUGUUUUAAUAUGACAUGGAGAUUGAAUAACAAAUUUGUUGAGGCUCAAGACUGACUGCUGAUGAUAUCAAACAAUGUCAGAAUCUCAUGUUGAAUACUGAAUAACAACAACAUACUCAUAUAAAAUGAAAUUCUUCACUUUACUGGCUAGGCUGUGUAAAUUGAUAUUUUAAAAUAUUAGAACAGACCCUGGAGAUGCCUACGAAGGCUGCAGGAUUACAGUUUCAUAUGUUUGAAUAUAAUAAGGUUGUGAACAUCUCUGCUUUUUUAGCAUUGCAAAUUCAAUCAGAUUCCCAUUAUCAAAAACAUGCAAAAUGGUCAGUUUUGUCAUGGAUAUGUUCACAAUUUAAUGAAUAUAUACCAGUAUGUAUAUAUUGUGACAAGAGUUCAGAUUCAUCUCAAUAGUUGAGAUAUCAAACUCCAAUCAAAGUUAGGAGUAUAAUCCCUGCAAGAUCUUUGCUUUAGUUUUUCACCAUAGAAUGUUUCCUACAUUGUUAGGUAUUGUCAGUUUGAAAAAGUUUGAACUGCUUUGUGAAAUUGUUUGAGCUGAAGUAAGAGUUCAGCAGAGUAUACAAUUUGUGAUCAACAAUGCAUUUGUUAUUUGAAGUGAACCAGGUGAGUAUAGGUAAUAGUUAUUUAUUGAUAAUCAAAAGAGCAUUUUACAUGUACCCACUGUUAUAUGUUUGAUAUGUUAAGACCAGCACUUGAGCUAAUUUAUUAGUUUUUAAGAAGCUUUGUAAUAUUAAGGGUCUGAUAUGGAAUUUUGUAUUAAUUUUACCUCUUCUGAUUCAAGUAUAAAAUGAAAUGAAAUUGAAUUUACCUCUCAAUUAUGUCUACCCAAUUGUAGUUUUGAAAUAUUUUAAGAAAUCUUUCUUGAACUUGGAUGUACAUGUACCAUUACAAAAUGAAAUUAUUUCUGUAUAUUUUACAUUUUGUAUUGAAUGCAUGUAGGCAUUCCAGUAAAGAUCCACUGAUUUUUCAUGUGGAAGUAAUGUCAUUGUAGUACACCUGUACCUUAGAAAUGAGGAGCUUGUUACAAUGACAUCUUGGUGUAACUCAUUCAUAGAUUAUUCUGCACACCUACCGAGAGUGCCAUGUAUUGUUGGUGAUAUUGAUUUAUAUUAUUUUUUUUUAUUAUGUUUAAUGAUUAGCAUACAUAUCAGUCAUGUAAAAUUUAUAGAAAUUUAGAGCACCAAUACUUUGAAGAACAACUGUACCAACUUCAACUUCAUCCAGUUCAUGUUAGAAUACAUGUAGAUGUAUUUUAGCCUUCAAUUUACUUUUUAAAAUGAUGGGGGCCUUUUUCAUAUCUUAUAGCAUAAAUAUGUACAUACGCUUGAUUACUAUAUCGUAGAUUGUAUAUGCUGUAGAAUUGUACAAUAAAGUUGUCUGAAAAUGGC